UUCCCCAAGCAAUCCCAACAGUAUCCGUUUAAACCCUAGCAACUGGGUUUAUACUGUGGCGCCAUACACUAAACCACAGAAAGCCCUUCAAUUUCAGAUUGACUCUGAAUUCAAUCUUUAACCAGUAACCACCAGAAAUUUCAUGAAAUAAGUAGUUUAAUUUGUUGUAGUUAUCCUAUGGCUGCCUCAAGACUAUCUUCAUGUUUAGCAGUGGCCGCCGCAGCGGCCUCCCUGUCGACAGCUUCAAAACGUGCUUGUUCUGACGCGCCGUCUCGAUUCCCUUUCUUCUCUUCUUAUGGUCAGACUUCAACGAGUAAAGAUGACCAGACGGAUGCAAAGAAAUCUCAGGAGGUAGAGGAGCCAAAGGGAUCGGGAUUCGAUCCUGAGGCUUUGGAGAGAGGUGCUAAAGCUCUACGCGAAAUCAAUAGCUCUCGUUAUGCCAAAGAGGUUUUUAAAGUUAUGAGGAAGCAGGAAGAAGCUCGACUGGCAGAGUUGGAAGCUGAAAAAGCUCAUUAUGAAGCUAUUCAAUCCCAAAUUGAUAUUGACAGGCAGCGAAAAUUAUAUGAAGAACAUAGAAAUUUAGUGCAGCAAGAAGCACAGGCAAAGGCUCAAAAGAUGAGAUAUGAAGAUGAAUUGGCCAGAAAAAGAAUGCAGACCGAUCAUGAGGCUCAGAGGCGGCAUAAUGUUGAAUUGGUUAAAAUGCAAGAGGAAUCUUCUGUACGGAAAGAACAAGCAAGACGCGCUACUGAAGAGCAAAUUCAGGCUCAGCAGCGCCAUACCGAGAAAGAAAGGGCUGAAAUAGAAAGGGAAACAAUAAGAGUCAAGGCCAUGGCUGAGGCUGAAGGCCGGGCCCAUGAAGCAAAAUUGACUGAGCAUCAAAACCGGAGAAUGCUUAUAGAACGGAUUAAUGGUGAAAGAGACAAAUGGCUGGCUGCAAUUAAUACAACUUUUAGUCACAUUGAAGAGGGUUUCAGGACUUUAUUGACAGAUAGGAAUAAGUUGAUUAUGACAAUUGGAGGAGCCACUGCAUUGGCUGCAGGAGUUUAUACAACUAGAGAAGGUGCCAGAGUUACAUGGGGCUAUAUUAACCGGAUAUUGGGACAGCCCUCACUUAUUCGAGAAUCAUCAAUUGGUAAAUUUCCAUGGUCAGGACUGUUGCCUCAAGCAAGGAACAAAAUGCUUAGUAAUAGGACAGCAGCUGGAGCAACGGAGUCUGUUGAAUUUAAAAAGCAUAAUGGAGGUAUAAUUCUCCAUCCUUCCUUGCAAAGAAGGAUAGAGCAUCUUGCUAAGGCUACGUCAAACACCAAGAUCCACCAGGCACCCUUUCGCAACAUGAUGUUUUAUGGACCCCCUGGUACUGGUAAAACUAUGGUUGCUAGAGAGAUCGCUCGAAAAUCGGGCCUGGAUUAUGCCAUGAUGACAGGAGGAGAUGUUGCACCCCUUGGUGCACAGGCUGUUACCAAGAUCCACGAGAUAUUUGAUUGGGCAAAGAAGUCAAAAAAAGGCUUGCUGCUCUUUAUUGACGAGGCUGAUGCAUUUUUAUGCGAGCGUAAUAGCAUACAUAUGAGUGAAGCACAGCGAAGUGCUUUAAACGCAUUGCUCUUCCGAACUGGGGAUCAGUCCAGAGACACAGUUCUUGUCCUUGCCACCAACAGGCCAGGAGAUCUUGACAGUGCCAUUACUGACCGCAUUGAUGAAGUGAUUGAGUUUCCUCUUCCUGGAGAGGAGGAGCGGUUCAAACUGCUGAAACUCUACUUGAACAAAUACCUUUCUGACAAAGAUGACAGUGCAUCCAAAUGGAGCUUUUUGAUCAAGAAAAGACCACAGAAGAUAACCAUAAAAGAUUUGUCCGAAGAUGUCCUUAAAGAGGCUGCCAAGAAGACCGAUGGGUUCUCUGGGCGUGAAAUAGCAAAACUCGUUGCCAGUGUUCAAGCAGCCGUUUAUGCCCGCCCAGACUGUGUACUGGAUUCCCAGCUGCUCAAAGAGGUCGUCGAUUAUAAAGUUGCAGAGCAUCACCAGCGAAUUAAACUUCAGCAGCCCAAAAACAAGUCUUAGUCUGAACAUUUCAUUUUUGUACGGAAGAAUCUCCUCAGCUCAGGAUUCCAUUAUUUAUUCGGGAAAUUGCAUUUCUUAGAUAAAGAUGGCACUCCAUUUUACACAGGAGUGAAAUUUUAACAGUGAGGCAUUGAAUUCGUUUUAUAAUAACUCAUGAAUGAGUGAUUGCUUGCGGGUGAA